CAGGAGAUGCCAAAAUCGCGCAUGCGCUCAAUGGACAAACGGCGCUGCAGCUUCGGGAGCAGAUUAGAAACAGAAAAGAAUCUCUGGGAAUCUUGAAAACAAAAACACCUCAGUUCUGCUGUCUUUGUCAGCUCACCAGCAUUUGAAAACAAUCAAUCUCUGAAUGUAGAGGAGGAGAUGUUUGAGAAGACAGCACAGCAGUCACAGCAAGGAGAAUCCGAACACGUGUUCAGUGUCGGGGUGAGAUUUGGGUGAACCCACCUGGAGAUAAAGCUUCUAAUUGUCUUCAGAUUAUCAAAGGAAUGACCGGAUAUUCCCUUUGUAGCACCAAUAGAUCAGUUGUCAAUCCUUGGAGAUGAAGAUGUAUCUCAUCCCAGCUGGACCUGUAUUUUGUGUCUGAAAGGAAACAUUCUGUUUUAACUCAGUGAAAUUCACUGGAACCGGGGUGCUGAGAACACACCAGCGUUUGUUCACCAGAGAUCAGUUCUUCAACUGCAAUGAUUUUACACGGGAUUCACUAUGACUAACAUCUGACUUGGUGAAUUGUAAGACAAUUGAUAGCAGGGAGAUAUCAUUCACCUGCUCUCAGUGUGGGCAUGAAUUAUCUCACUCAGACAACCUGCAGAUAUACCAGUGAGUUCACACCGGGGAGAGGCCAAUGAUCUGCUCUUUGGGAGACGAUAUACUCAGUCAUCCAACCUGAAGAUACAUCAGCAAGUUCACACUAUAGUGAGGCGGUUCACCUGUUCUGCGGGAAGCAAUUGAUUCUGUCAUCCAAACUGAAGAUUUCAGACUGGGGUGUCGGAGUUUGGAUUUCAGUUCAGACACGGUCUGUAAGGAGUUUGUACGUCUUUGCCGUGACCACAUGGUUUUCCUCCGGGUGCUCUAGUUUCCUCUCACAGUCCAAGGACAUAUCGGAUAAUAGGUUAAUUGGUCAUUGUAAAUUGUCCUCUGACAGAGCUGGGUUAACAGGUGGAUUGCUGGAUGGAGCAGCUGAUUGGGCUGAAGAGGCCUGUUCCAUGCUGUAUCUCCAAAUAAAAUCCAGUAAAAUCCACACCAGUGAGAGGCCAUUCACCUGCUUCCUGUGGGAAGAGAUACGCUCACUCAGCCCAUUCGCAGAGACAUCAGUGAGUUCACAAGGGAGAGAGACUGUUCUACCAUUUUGUGUGUGGAGAGGGAUUCUCUAAUUCAUCCCACAUGAUGAGACACCAGCGAGUUCACACUGGGGAGACACCGUUCACCUGCUCUGAAUGUGGGAAGGGAUUUAAUCGGCCCUCUAAGCUACUAGCACACCAGCGUGUUCACACCAGGGAGAAGCCGUUCACCUGCUCUGAAUGUGGGAAGGGAUUUACUGAGUCAUCUAACUUACUGGUACACCAACGCGUUCACACUGGGGAGAGACCGUUCACUUGCUCUGAAUGUGGGAAGGGAUUUACUCAGUCUUCUAACCUGCUGACACACCAGCAUGUUCACAGUGGGGAAAGACCGUUCGUUUGCACUGAGUGUGGGAAGGGAUUUACUCGGUCGACGAUGCUUCUGGUACACCAGCGAAUUCACACUGGGGAGAGACCGUUCACCUGCUCUGAAUGUGGGAAGGGAUUCACUCGAUCAACUCAUUUGAUGAGACACCAGCGAGUUCACACUGGGGAGAGGCCAUUCACCUGCUCUGAAUGUGGGAAGGGAUUUACCCGGUCAUCCCACCUACAGAUACAUCAGCGAGUUCACACUGGAGAGAGGCCGUUCACCUGUUCAGAAUGUGGGAAGGGAUUUACUCUUUCAUCUCACCUUCUGGCCCACCAGCGAAUUCACACUGGGGAGAGACCGUUCACCUGCUCUGAAUGUGGGAAGGGAUUCACUCAGUCAUCCCACCUUGUAAAGCACUACCGAGUUCACACUCGGGAAAGUGUUUAAAUAAGCGGCCUGCUGGAUAUUUAACCCUCACAGUUUCUGAAUCCAGAGACACGUUCAAAAGUGACUGUUGGUUUCAGACUGUAAUUAUUGCUGCUGUCUUCAAACUAAGUCUGCACGGUGUGAUUGGGAUGGGAAGUGUUUCUUCUGCUGAUGUUCAUAUUUAAUGGGAAUGGAGUUUAAUUUUCCGGAUCUGUGACAAAUAAAUGACUUCUAUUUUAAACACU